AUGGUUACGCACAAAACGUCGCUUAUCCCACCCCCCCUCAAAUACAACCACCACCCCCCAUCCGCUUCGCUCCCCCCGAGCCAGCGUCCAGCCAUGUCUGGUGCCCCACCAGCUCAGCAAGGCAGAGCACCCCCGCCCGCCGUCUUACCCUCGAGGCCAAGUGACGGGCAAAGACGGCCGCAGCAGGCGGACUAUUACCCUCAACAACCGCAACCCCAGCAACCCCUUCUCCAACGACAACCCUCCUCACCACAGCCAGACUCGAGGCUACAGCGUCAGCCAUCUAGACCAAACCAAUACCCUCCCCAGCAGCCAGACCUCCCAGCACCCGCUUUCAUGCAAGCUGCCCCAUUAUUACCCCCAUCCGCCUCUUUAUCCACCUCGGACUCGUCAGCAACGUUAUCCAGCAUGCCCUCCUCAUUUCGCUCAUACAACUCGGAAAGCAUGCUCAUAAGAGGAAAAGCGGAUGACGACCUCGAAAACACUGAUGCGUUUUGGCGCCGCUUCAAUACCAGUGCAGUCAAUGCGCAGCAGCCAGACGCGGAGAAAAGCUCUUGGCUGGGGAAAAACGAGGGUAAGACCUCGCGCUAUUAUCGUGUGAUGUGGCUAGUCGGCUUCGUCUUCGUAAUCCUUGCUGCUGGUGGUAUUGGCAUUGGUGUCUUCCUUUCAUUCCGUAGCGGCAAUUCCAACACACGACCUGGUGCGUUGGGUGGCUCUGCGGACAACACGUCGGCCGGUGGGAUAGCUGCUACCCUUGGUGGUGGACAAGCCCCAGCUCAAAGUGUCGCUCCAGCCGCCACCCAGACCGGUCUACACGUCAGCCCGACAAACACGGUCGACUAA